GCUGAAAUGGCCGAGGCAUGUUUUGCGAUGGAGACGUCAAAUUGAUGGCCCCAGGCAACUGAAGUGUGCAGGGAACAGCGGUCCAUGAUGCCACUUCGUUCAUCCAAACCUCUCACUCCCAGAAAGCAGGACGGAGCAAUCAAAUCAGACGACGCAAUUCAGGUCAAAGUGUCCAACUUGCGCGUGGAGCCGUCAUCACCACUUCUGAACCUCAACACCACCAAUCCAUCAUAGCCUUGCGAUCCACGCCCACACCUCUUGUUCAGCUGGCAUUGCUUCAUUUUUAUUGUUAUUGUUAGAUAUCUUGUACAUCAUUGUUACCGUUCAGCCGCAUUCGCUUUCGUCGAUUAUUUCGCGCCCGAUCAACCUGGGAGCCAAUAUUGUACGACAAUCACAUAGCCACACAUAAACGUAACCGCAUUUCAUCAUGGCAGGAGGGUUAAUGAACUCGAUACAUGCCCCAAAGGCACAUCAACCACCGCCAUCCUCAUCGCCGCCGCCAUCUCAUUCGCACCAUUCCCAUCAUGAUGAAGGCGACUCUUUCCACGAUGGACCAGGUCCAAAGUCCAAGAAGCACCGCCCACCACGCAAAAAGCAGCUCAUGAAAUACAUUCCCAAGUCCGAUCCAGAACCUCAGCAACAGUCACCACCACCGCCUUCUCCACCAGUUCCGGCAGCAGCACCCGUGAAUCCUCCGUCUCCACCAAGGGCCCAAGUAUCCCCUCAACUACAGCCGCAGGCCGGGGCUCAACGAAAACCCUCUGUGGUCGCCCCCAGUCCUCCACCUCCCAUCACCACUACCUCCAUCCCCAUCAGGACCACCACCAGCAACACCUCCCCGACCCCCAAAUCCCCGGUCCGCGUUAGCCCCUCCGCCAAACACGAAUUGAUCCGCUACACCAAGAUCGUCCGCCGCCUCAAAUGGAAGCUCCCCUUCCUGGCCUCCGGCUACGCCCUCGCGCUUAAGGGCCGCAACCCCAAGCAUGGCGACGCCGUGAUCAGCGGUGGCGUGCUCAACGAGGGGGAGAUCAUGUUCAAGCUCGAUUUCUUCGAGUACUACAUGCUCAUCGAGCGCGCGCUGGUCCAUCUGCUGGGCGUGUUUGGGAUUACGGUUAGUGGAAAUGGGAUUCAGGGGAAGGGGUUGGCGGGGAGUCGGUUUAAUCAGCACGGAGGAGGAGGGAGCCGGGCAGGCAGCCGUGGGGGAAGUCCUAAGGAGGGUUCACCUAAUCGGGCUGCUGCAGGGGGGGGAGGGGCUGGGGCUGGGGCUGGGGGAGAGGGUGCUGCUGCUGCUGCUGCUGCUGCUGCUGGGGGAAAUGGGAGUGGAAAGUUUCAGCAUCGGUAUCACGCUCAUGUUCUGGAAGCGUUUGAUUCCCCUGUUCAUCCGUUGCAUGAUAUCCUGGGCAAGGGCGAAGUGCGCAAGCAACUGCAGCGGGCAAAAGACUUGCGGAACCGAUGGAAGACGGCCGACUCGGAGGCCGAGGAGAAGGAGCGGGUCAAGUUGACGGCCCCGUUGGAGAGUUAUGACGUGGAAAAGAUGCUCGAGACAAUCUUCCAAGGGUUCGAUGCGGCCUUCUUGAUUGCCGAGUGGCAUGUUCGGGACAAGGAGGGUGGUUUGGAGAAGGGUGCGCAGUCGUCGCUGAACUGGGCAGAUGAUGAUGAUGAGGACGGCGAUGCGACCAUGAUGGACUGGGCGGCGCAGGAGGCGGAUCAGUGGGAGUUCAUGGUGGAUGCUAUGGAUUGGGAAGCUGUCUGA